UAAAAAAUAAUGUGAUAUAACAUAGAACGCAUAUAAGAGUAAUAUACAACAAAACUGAACAGUCAACAAGAAGCUAAGCCAUGUUUCAACAUGGCCAACUGUUGUGGCGCCAUUUAUCACGCUAUUUGCACAACACACAAGUGCAAAGGCAGCUUACCCAUUACGAUGUCUUAGGCAUAAACAAGCGCUCCACUCAGAACGAAAUCAAAGCAGCAUAUUACAAGCUCUCUAUGAUCUACCAUCCGGAUCGCAAUGAGGGUAGCGAAAGUGCUGUGAAAAAGUUUCGUGAAAUAAAUCAGGCAUACGAAGUGUUAGGCAAUUAUCGACUGCGCCGCCUCUACGAUAAGGGCAUUGUACAUACGGCUGGAGCGCAGUACGCACAGGAUAUACCCGAUAUUGAGCCAGAUGUGGAGGAUGAUGCAGAGACUAAGUUCUACAAGUCGCGGUUCAAAAAGUCUAAGGUUGCCGACUCAGACGGACGCACGCCCAUAUACAAUUUCGAUGAAUGGAGUCGUUCACAUUAUGGCAAAAACUUUGAUCGGCGGCAGGCUGCGCAGCAAAAAUAUGAUCGUCUGCGUCGACAAAAGGAAAUUAAUAUAGUUUCAGGGCAAAACGACCUUGUCAUAUUUGCCUUCAUCUUUGCAAGCGUUGCCAUGUACCUCAUAUUUGUUGCUGAGACCUCAUAUGAUACGCCCAAACACAAAGCGGAAGAGCGUCACAGAAUAAGCCUGGAGGAGCAGACAAAGUCAAAAAGCGAUGGCUAACGCUUUCUAGUUCUCUUAAACAUAACUAAGUUAAGCCUAAUUGUUCAAAAAAUAGGAAAAUUGUAAAUAAAUCUGUAUAUUUACAUAUGUACAUCU